CCACGGCGGCCGCCAAGGGACAAUCCUGCCGCGCCCGCUUCUUCCGGAACUCAGUGCUCACAUCCUGACCCCUCGCGCGUUUCCCGGGUAACGCGCUGCUCUCAGAUCUUGCAUUCAGCCUGUGAGCUCACUCCCCGUCCGCGCGCCGUCAGAGACCAUGUCUCUCGCUGUUCCCCAAAACCACCUAGCUCCCAUCCAGGAAUAUUCGACCGCGGAAAACUCUCAUGGACAGUCGUCCAGGCCUUCGGUCACAUGGAACCUGAACUCGCCUGUGGCUUAUGCGACUGCCGCCCAGGCGGCCACCGGUUCCUGGAGCGCCCGACCCUCGGCCGUCUUCGGGCUCGAUACGCAGAGCAGUCACAAAGGAGUCUGCGUGGGCGCCCGGCCGCAGAUCUGCUUCCUGCGGCCGCGGACCGCACAGACGCCGGUGCUGUACAGCUUAAUGAACUCCAGUGAAGCAGCGACAACAAAAUUUUUACCCAAGAGCCACUUAUCUCGGGUAAUUAUUCGUGACAACCUCAGUGCACAACGAAUCUUUGAGAUGGAGGUAAAAGCUUCAGAUAAGACCAAGAAAAAGAUGAGCCACUUGUAUGACCACCUGAAAAAAAAGUUCAUGACAGACCAGCUCAGAAAGCUGGGGCGCUGGAGACGGGAGUCCUUGAACCUCCAACGGUACCUGGAUAGCAUCCGACUCUACAAGGUCUAG